GGACCGGAAGGAGUUGCCGGCGUUUCCGGCGCCGGCGCCGGCGCCUCUGAGGUUUCCUCAGUGAUGUCGUGGUUUCGAGCAGCUUCUUUGGUCCAGGGUCCUGGAGAGGAGAGGGAUGUUUUUGACGAGGAAGCUGACGAGUCGGUCCUGGUGCAGCGGGAAUGGCGGAGCCACAUGCAGAGACGAAUCAAAGAAGGCUAUAGAGAUGGAGUAGAUGCCGGCAAAGCAGUUACUCUUCAACAAGGUUUCAAUCAAGGUUAUAAAGAAGGUGCAGCAGUCAUUAAAAACUAUGGACAACUCAGAGGAACAUUGAGUGCUUUGCUCUCCUGGUGUCACCUUCAUAAUAAUAGUUCGGCUUUGAUCAGUAAAAUAAAUAAUCUUCUGGAUGCAGUUGGCCAGUGUGAAGAGUAUGUGCUCAGACAUCUGAAAUCAAUCACUCCACAGCCCCAUGUUGUAGAUUUAUUGGACUCCAUUCAGGAUAUGGACCUUUGUCAUAUAGCUCCAGCUGAGGAAAAGAUUGAUGAAGCUAAAGAUGAAAGAUUCUAUGAAAAUAAUGCUGAGUUUAACAAAAACUGUAGCAAGAAUCUUAGUGGGGUAGAUUGUUCAUCUUUAAAAUGUUGUAGAACACAGGAGCGUGCACAUUCUGAAAACCCAAGCCUCACUUGGAUUUUAGAACAGACAGCCAGUUUGGUAAAACAGCUGGGAGUAUCAACAGACAUAUUACAGCACCUCAAACAACUAUAAAAAUUAUCUUCACUUUAAUAUUGGAAAUAAUAUUCAGAACAUUCUUAGAAUAUUUUGUUUCUGAACAAGCUAACCAAAAUUUGUACUGGUUUCUACAUUGAACACUUCACUUAUAAGGUUAUCCUUCAUGGAAGUUUGAAAUGUCUUCAAAAUUAACACUAUUUAAUAUAAGCCUAUUUUCUUUGUCACUGGUAAUUUUUAUGUGGUUUAAGAUAUGCUCGGAAAUUCCAGUUGUCAUCAUUUUCAAAGUUCUGAUCAAAAUCAAGCAUUUUUGAACUCAUUAUUAGCAGAAAUGAACAAGAAUCAGACUACAGUUAACCCUUGAACAACACAGGUGUUAGGGGUACCCACCCACCAUGCAGUUAAAAAUCCGCAUAUUACUUAUAGCUGGCCCUCCAUACCUGCAGUUGUGAGUCUCAGAUUCAACCAAUCUCAGAUCGUACGGUACUGUAGUAUUUGCUACUGAAAAAAAAAUCCAAGUAAAGUGGGCCCUCAGAGUUCAAACUCUUGCGGUUCAAGCAUCACAUGUUAUUUUGUAAGGUCUUAGCCCUACCUUCUUAUCACAUUGUCUUGUGAUUAGGACCUCACCUUAUAAUCAGACCAAAGUUACAAAAAAUUACCUAAUGGCUGAAGUUGUAAAUAGACACACAUAGAUAUAUAUAGAUAUGUAGACAUAUAUAUAUUGAAAUUAAGAGGCUAAUAAGUGUAAAGCUGGAAAAAAUGUUUAUACUGAUAAUUAAAAUACUAAAGUUUGUUUUAGUUUUUUAUUGAGGUAUAAUUGAUUUAUAAUGUUUCAGGUAUACAGCAAAGUGAUUCAGUUAUACAUUUUUUUUCAGAUUUUUUUUCCAUUAUAGGUUAUUACAAAAUAUUGAAUAUAGGGCCUCCCUGGUGGCGCAGUGGUUAAGAGUCCGCCUGCCGAUGCAGGGGAUACGGGUUCGUGCCCCGGUCUGGGAGGAUCCCAUAUGCCGCGGAGCGGCUGGGCCCGUGAGCCAUGGCCGCUGGGCCUGCGCAUCCGGAGCCUGUGCUCCGCAACGGGAGAGGCCACAACAGUGAGAGGCCCGCAUACCGCAAAAAGAAAAAAAAAAAAAAUAUUGAAUAUAGUUCUCUGUGCUAUAUAGUAGGUCCUUUUUGUUUAUUUUAUAUAUAGUAAUGUGUAUAUGUUAAUCCCAGACUUCUAAUUUAUCCCCACCUCCUUUCCCUUUUGGUAACCAUAAGUUUAUUUUCUAUGUCUGUGAGUCUAUUUCUGUUUUGUAAAUAAGUUCAUUUGUAUCAUUUUUUUAGAUGCCACAUAUAAGUGAUAUCAUACCAUAUUUGUUAAAGUUUGUUUCAGUUUUGUGUUUAUUAAAAGUAAGGAUACAAUUCCGUGAAAAAUACAGAAAAUACAUUUCAUGCUAAAGUACUUACUUAGCUUAUCCAAAUUUUGAGUUAGUAGUGUUACCUGACAGUGUGCCAGAUUAUUCCUAAACUGCAGUUUUGCUUCAUAUUUAUUUAGGAAUAAAACAUUGAAGCCACUGACUUCUGUAUUAUCUUGUAGCAAUAUUCUUAGUCUAGCAUAGACAAAAUGAGAUUCAAACUUAUGCUCCAGGACCUAAACAUAUAAAGUCAGGAAAGGAUUUUUCAUCACUUUUUUGCCUGAAACACAAAUUUAUGUAACAUGCCUGACUUCAGAGGCACCCAAAUAAUUGCCUCUCAUUGAUAGCCAUAAUUUAUAUCUACGAUCUACUGUAAAAGACAUACCCUGAGAAAAUCUUAUCUGAUAAAAGAGGUGUUCCAAGAGAUUAAGAAAAUGCGCUGCUGUGAUCUUAUAACCUCCACAGAGUUCACAGGACAUUAUGAAAUUGAAGCAACAAAUUUGAAAUCAGAAGACCAUAAAGUAUGUCAGGAUUUACUAAAACAUGCUGAAGAUAUCAAGUGACAUUUGACAGAUGGUUUUUUAAAUAAAAAGUGAUUGUAUCUCUCUAGAUGUAAACACUAUUUCAGAGAUUUACUGAUUUUUCUUGUUAUGUAGAUACUUUUUUCCAUACUUACGAAUGCAGCAAAAAUCUCAAAUCCACAUGGAAUAUUAUAAGCAGUCUCUGAAGUCUUCAUGUUGCUCUGCCCUGCAUAUUAGAUAUGAAAUAUGCGCAUCUUUAAUAAUACAUCUCAAGGAAGUCACCCUGAGUAAAAAUUUCAUGAGUGCAGCAAAUCUGGAGAUUUUAUCUGGGCUCACCCUGACAGAAUUUCCUGAAGAUAACACCCUUUGCCACCAUUGAGAAUAGGUUGUUUUUGUGUAGAUGUUCGUAGAAAAGGAACUCCAGAGAAUUAGCUGAGUUGAAUGAAGCUGUUGGAUUGAAAACAUCUCUUAAGCUUACAUUGCCUUUUAAAAAAACAUAGAAGUUCCUGAACUGCAGAGGAAAAUUAAUGGAAUGCUCAUUAUACCUGUGUUUCAUGAGCCUCUGUAUUAGAACCAACAAGAGCAAAGGAAAGAAACCUUGCCUUGUGUCUUUUACCUUGCCUUGUGUG